UCGUCCUGAGGGAAGCGGCCCCCGGCGUCCCGUCGGGGCUGUUGGUCUGAAGGCUGCCUUUCGGUGCCUGCUUGCACCACAGAGUGCGUGCUCCGAGUGACCUUCUUGUAAUUGCUUUGGUAUUUGUAUGGUAAAGGACUUCUUGCUCUAUUUUCAGAGGGAAAUAUAAAGACGAAGCCUUAGAAGACAAGAUUCUGUUUGCUGCUGAAGUAAAAGAUACAAACGAGAGUUUGAGUUUUUGUUUGGUGUCUCCUAGCUUUAUUUUUAGGGCAGACUGAAAGCUUCCCUCGUUUUGGAGGAGUUAAAAAGACUUAAAUUAAGGGUGUGGGAAGCUAUCAAAGUGAGACACUCCAGCAGGGCAACGAUGUGCGCACUAUUUGUGUAGAUCUGUUAGUUUAGAAUUAAUGGUGAAAUUCGAUUUCAGUCUUAAAGUCACCUUCACUGUGCAAAACGAUAUAUUUUUGCAAAUAUUUGGGAUGUAAUUGUUGUCAAGAAACGUCUUGGUUAUCAGAUCAGGACAGGAAUGCCCUAAGACAUCCUUGAAAUAAAAAUUGCUUUCUGGUCUUACUAACAAUUGUAGCCCAUGGUAGAGUUCAGUUCUGUGGUGUGAUCUGCUACUUUCACUUUCCUAUGCACACACUUCUGUAUUAGAAUACUGAGUAUUCCCUUAAAAUGACCAAAAAAAGCCCACGCUAGAAUAAUCCCCUAGAAAUUUUCCACAUAUUUGAAUCUUUUCUGCUUUCAAAAAUACUUAAAUCAUGAGCUGUGGGAAGGAGUUUGUGGAAAUUCUUAAGAAAAUUGGGUAUCCAAAAGCCGUUGAGCUCAAUGGAGAGGAUUUUGACUGGCUGUUUGAGUCUUCAGAAGACAAAUCAUUUCUGGAGUGGUUUUGUGGAACUGUAAAUGAGCAGCACGUGUUAUCUGAAAAAGAACUGCAAGAUUUUAAUAGUCUUCUUGAGUCUGGAAAGCCCAUUUUAGAAGGAAAUGCAUUGGAUGAAGCCCUUAAAACCUGUAAGCCAGCAGAUUCAGGCAACAGACAAGAGAAGGAAGAGGAACUUAAGAAAUUAGAGGAUGAGUUUCAAGCUCUUCAGAAAGUGAAAAGUCUUACAAUCCAUCGGCAUAAUAAGCUUCAGAUGAUGAUUUCUGAAAACAGCAGCAUGUUACAGACACUAAAAAUCAAAGAGGAAGAAACACAGAGAGAUUUGAAAGAAGGUCUGGAACUGUUUACUGCAGCAAAUAAUAAGCUUAAUAGUGAACUGCAGUCUCUUGUGGAUAGAGUCAAGAAAUUGGCCUCUUUCUUCACUGCUUCAGCUUCGGAACAAGGAUCAGGUUUGCAUCCAGUGUUUUUUUCCCAACUUUCCUUGGACAAGUAUUUGUCUCGGGAAGAGCACUGCACUGCAGCACUUGCCUCAUAUGCAAAAAAGCAUUUUUAUCAGGGCAUGUCAGAAUUGGCUGAAAAUUUGCACGAAAACAACUUUGAGCUUGCAGAUAUUAGCAAACAUGUCACUUGUGCUGAGACUACUGAAGCUUGUGGAAAGAGUCAGGAGAUUGCCAGCCUCCAGGCAGCGUACAUUUGUGCUCAGCAUCAGCUAAUUGAAUUGCAAGCUGAAGAAGAGAGCUUGAAUUCAGCUAUAGAGUGUGCAGAGAGCAUGCUGCAAUCCUCAAAGAGCAAGGGUAUUGAAAAGCAAGAAAAUGUCGAGGCCAAAAUAUCUAGUUUAAAUGAUGAAAUCUCUACGAUUAAGCAACAGAUAGCUGAAAUAAACAACAAAGAUCUGCCUUCCCUUCUGAAAGAGCAUGCACAGCUGUUCACUGCGCCGGUGGUAAUGGCUGCCCUGGAUCGUGAGAUUGCUCAGCAGGACCAUUUCGCUUCUAAACAGGAUGAGAUCUGCAGCCAUCUGAUAAGACAGAAAGCGUCACUUGAACUUAUUCAGCUAGCCUAUGACAUUGAAUUGAAGAAACACAAAGACAUCCACUGUCAACUUGAGAAUCUGAUAGAAUCUCUGAAACAGAGCAGUAAUGAGAUGCAGCAGAGACUAGAGGUGUUAUCUAAGCAAACUGAACUUGCAAAGCCAAGGAACGCUAUUAGUUCAAAGGAUGAUUUCUCUUGUAGGCUUUACCAACUUUUGGAAGGAGAAAACAAAAAACAACUGUUUAAAACAUACAAAAACCUGGAACAGAUGGCUCAGAAAUUAAAUCAGGAUUGUGUGACAGCAGAAGAGCAGCUAGCAGUGUCUUCUCAGGAGCAGUCUCUCUUGUUGUCCAAACUGGACAGUGAUGUAAAUGCUCUUCGUGAUGCUCUGUACUGCGGAGGAAAUCAGAUACUACUCACCAGUCGGGAACUUACUGAGCAAUUUCAUCAACUGGAAGGUGAUUUAAAUAAACUAAAUCAACUAAUUAUGGAUCUUACUGCUGAUGUGAAGUCAAAGAGAAACUUCCUAGCGUCCAAUAAGCUGCAUCAGAUGGAAAGAAACUUGUAUGUGUAUUAUUUCAAAGAUGAGAACCACUUGAAAGAGAUGGUGGAGAAGCUUGAACAGCAGUCAGAGGCUAAAGCAAGUGCUCUGGAACAUGAGAAUUUCACCACCAGUGAAUUCCUGAAUACUUAACCUUCAGUGUAUUCUGAAGAUAAAAAACCAUGUUAAUGUAAA